AUGGGCCAUACGAAAGACAUACACAAACAUUAUUAUAGACUGACCGAUAAUGCGUUUCAUGUAGGAAAAGUCAGCAAACUGCUGUUACUCAUUGAAAAGGGUGAGGGCCAGAAGUAUCGCGGUAAUACAUUAGAUGAGAUCAACAUUAGUGCUAAUGAUUUAGUUUUUGACGGAGAAGAAAAUGAAGCAGAUGAUGAUUUUCAGGAAAAGGACUCCUCCCCAAACCUCGAUCUAAUAAAUUAA